GGGUAUAUUAGCUGCAUUUUGCCUUUGGGUAUAAAAAUACUUCAAAUUCAAAGUACGAUAAAAAUCUUUAAUGUCCAAAACACUGGAAAAUUCAGAGACAUAAAAAGAUGGAACAUAUCCCAAGCCUUCAUUUAAUACUCGAAUUUCUACAUCAGAUAAAUCAGCUGUAGAGAGGCUAACAAUCAAAUAAUUUUCAUUCAAAUUAUUAACAGUCACAUUUGGGCCAAUGUCCGGAAUGUUGCUUCGAUGAUUUCUCCUGUGUUUCCGUCCAGCUCUUCUAAGGGCCCCUUCUGGUCUUAGAUCUUUUGUUGCUAGAUGAAUUCAUAUCCAUUAAAUCACCAAUAUCAUAGACUUGCCUUCUUUUUUCUCCCCUCUGCCAACAUUUCUUUCAAAGGUGAGCAGAUUUAUUGACUGUAAUUGACCACCUACACACUUCUCAACCUUCCAUCUACAGAAUGUGGAACAUUACCCCUUAUAAUGUGGAACAGAUGGGCAAACGUGGAACACUACUAACAGCUUGCUAACAACUUCCACUAGAAAGCUUAUAGGAUGAUUAGUGUGUUACUUUAUACUUAUUAAGCAUUCUUUUGAUGAAUGAAUAUAAUUCAGUAGUAUUUCAUUGAAUGUGUGACACACCCUUUCAAUAUGGAACAUAGACAUUUCAAGACUCAAAGUGUGGAAUGUUCCUUGUAAUGAGAUAAACGUGAUAGGCAUGACGACAAAGUAUCCCAAGCAGCAAUCCUCUCCAAAGUAGUUCGUCUAUAAGAGAAGUUGUAAUUUUUGGCAAAUAAUUUCAUGGUUAGGCACUUUAGAAAGCUCCUAGUUGUAAAAAAAUGCACAUUUGCGCACUAGUACUUUAGAUCUUGGAAAGGCAAAUGAAAAAAGAAAUAUGCAACUAUUAUGUUCAUGAGAUCUCCGAGUAUCCACUAGGUGUAGGAAUAUACUACCUUACAUGAAUGCAUAUGUGUGGAUGUGUCCUAGAACAUGUACCCGACCCACACAUUACCAAAACCAAACGAGAUCACCUUAUACUUCACUUCUUCGCACUCAUUAACGAUCUUGACAUUUUUCGAAAAAGACCAUUAACCCCUUGCCAGAUAUAUAACAUCCGGCAAAGGCUUAAGCCAGUCCUUAGUUACUGCACCACUGUCUGGACGCCUUUAGAGUUCACUUCCUGUGCGUUUGAUUCACUGUAGUACUUACUCUUCGAUAAACACACGCACAGCGGAACUCAGAGAUUACUGAUACAAGGAAUACCUGAGUAUGUGUUAACGCAUCCUGAUUGCUAAACUGGAAAAAAGAGAAGAAAGUGCAGACUACACAAGUACUUUUCUCGUCUGUGUUUUGUGAAGGCCUUUAUCCACAUUGCCUGCAUGCUAUACAGAAGUUAGAGAUAAUAUUAGUUGGAGCUAUGAAGCACUGGCAGAGGAAUGCACCCCAAGUGAUGGUCUGCAUCUUGAACAACUUUAACUUUAUUAACAAUCGCAGAAAAAACUGGAGGAACUGAGAGCAUGGCUGUGAGUAAUACAAAUGGAGACUUAGUGAUUCAGUGCAAUGGGAACAUCAGAUCUAAUUCCUUCAGCCCCAGCAUAUCUGUAGCCAACAAUGGGGACACUGCCAUCCAGCAGCUGCCAUUCAGUGAUCCUUCACGUACAAAAGUGAGUGUAAAUGGGGGAUUACAACCAAAUGGCACAAUAAAACAUCCUUCCUUGUCUUCAGAAAACCAAAGGACACCACCAAUGUUACCACAAGGUUUUUCACAGUGCAGCCAUCUUUGUCCAUACCAUCACUCUUUAAAUAGCCAUUGCAGUCAGCAAGACUGCCAUUCAGUGACUGGCAGUGCAGCUGCUCCCAUGACUUCCUGUUGCUUUCAGGCACAUUCAGAGUAUGCCACAUCUGUUUGUCAAAACCAUUCACCCAUCCACCAUCAAACUGCUUGCUGCCUUCAAUCAUCACCAUCAUUUUGCCUUCAUCACCAGUGGCCUGACCAUUAUCAACAUCACCCAGUGCAACAGCAUCUCAAUAAUAUAAGGUAG